AUGCAUAUGCAUGAAGACGGCGACGAGGGAGGACAACCCAGCCGUAUUGUUAAGAUGCGAGAGGAGGAGGAGGAGACUGCAGGAGCCGGCAUGACACUGCAUCUCCCAGGUAGCCGGCGGCUGCUCUUCACUCUCACCCAAGACCUCGUAUCCCACACUGUAAACCACGAACCACCAGGGGUCCUGCACGCCGCCCCACGUGCAGCCACCUGGGGUCCUGCACGCCGCCCCACGUGCAGCCUCCAGGGGUCCUGCACGCCGCCCCACGUGCAGCCUCCAGGGGUCCUGCACGCCGCCCCACGUGCAGCCUCCAGGGGUCCUGCACGCCGCCCCACGUGCAGCCACCAGGGGUCCUGCACGCCGCCCCACGUGCAGCCUCCAGGGUCCUGCACGCCGCCCCACGUGCAGCCACCAGGGGUCCUGCACGCCGCCCCACGUGCAGCCACCAGGGGUCCUGCACGCCGCCCCACGUGCAGCCACCAGGGGUCCUGCACGCCGCCCCACGUGCAGCCACCAGGGGUCCUGCACGCCGCCCCACGUGCAGCCACCAGGGGUCCUGCACGCCGCCCCACGUGCAGCCACCAGGGGUCCUGCACGCCGCCCCACGUGCAGCCUCCAGGGGUCCUGCACGCCGCCCCACGUGCAGCCACCAGGGGUCCUGCACGCCGCCCCACGUGCAGCCUCCAGGGGUCCUGCACGCCGCCCCACGUGCAGCCACCAGGGGUCCUGCACGCCGCCCCACGUGCAGCCACCAGGGGUCCUGCACGCCGCCCCACGUGCAGCCACCAGGGGUCCUGCACGCCGCCCCACGUGCAGCCACCAGGGGUCCUGCACGCCGCCCCACGUGCAGCCACCAGGGGUCCUGCACGCCGCCCCACGUGCAGCCACCAGGGGUCCUGCACGCCGCCCCACGUGCAGCCUCCAGGGGUCCUGCACGCCGCCCCACGUGCAGCCACCAGGGGUCCUGCACGCCGCCCCACGUGCAGCCACCAGGGGUCCUGCACGCCGCCCCACGUGCAGCCUCCAGGGGUCCUGCACGCCGCCCCACGUGCAGCCUCCAGGGGUCCUGCACGCCGCCCCACGUGCAGCCUCCAGGGGUCCUGCACGCCGCCCCACGUGCAGCCUCCAGGGGUCCUGCACGCCGCCCCACGUGCAGCCUCCAGGGGUCCUGCACGCCGCCCCACGUGCAGCCUCCAGCAGUGCUGCACGCCGCCCCACGUGCAGCCUCCAGCAGUGCUGCACGCCGCCCCACGUGCAGCCUCCAGCAGUGCUGCACGCCGCCCCACGUGCAGCCUCCAGCAGUGCUGCACGCCGCCCCACGUGCAGCCUCCAGCAGUGCUGCACGCCGCCCCACGUGCAGCCUCCAGCAGUGCUGCACGCCGCCCCACGUACAGCCUCCAGCAGUGCUGCACGCCGCCCCACGUGCAGCCUCCAGCAGUACUGCACGCCGCCCUACGUGCAGCCUCCAGCAGUGCUGCACGCCGCCCCACGUGCCACUCUACACCCCUCCACGUGCCUAAUAUGGCAACUAUCAACAUACUUCGAUUCAGAUGA